AUGGAAAAGACGAUGAGUUACGUGUCUGAUCACCACCACCAUCAUCUGAAUCUCAAGGCGACUGAAUUAAGAUUAGGGUUGCCCGGGUCCGAAGAGCCCGACCAACAAUCGUCUCCUCCUCCUACCAUUCGAAGUAACAAAAGACCCCCAUCAGAGAUGAUGGAUGCUGCCCUGGAUUCCAAAAAUGAAGAUCAAGAUCGUGCCCCUCCUACCAAGGCACAAGUAGUGGGGUGGCCACCGGUCCGAUCAUACCGAAAAAAUUGUUUCCAACAGAAGAAAAGUGAGGGAGAUGGUUCAGGGAUGUAUGUGAAAGUGAGCAUGGAUGGAGCUCCUUAUCUCAGGAAGAUUGAUCUGAAAAUUUAUCAGAGCUACCAAGAGCUCCUCAAGGCCUUGGAAAACAUGUUCAUGUGCACUAUUGGUGGGUAUACAGAGAGGGAAGGAUACAAUGGAUCUGAAUAUGAACCAACAUAUGAAGACAAAGAUGGUGAUUGGAUGCUAGUUGGAGAUGUCCCAUGGGAGAUGUUUAUUACCUCUUGCAAAAGGCUUAGAGUAAUGAAAGGAUCUGAAGCUAAAGGCUUGGGAUGUCUAUAGAGAAUACAACCCACAAAAUCUGUAUGGUAUAUUAGAAUAUUAAUUGAUAUAUAAUCAUAUCACUGAUAUCUAUCGAUACAUUUCUUGAUACCGUUAGCUUGGGUUGGCCAAGCUCAGUCUCUGGAAGGUUACAAGACAAAAGCACAUACAGAUUGGCCAGAUCACAGAUCACACAAUUUCUUUGUGGGGGGUUUUGAGCCUCUGCAUGUGAGUUUAGUUUUGUAACAAAACCCAUCAAAUUGACACAGAAAGAUAUGAAAAUACAUGCUUCAGAUCAUGUUCACAUUUUUUUGUUUUGUUUUUUGUGUGUGUGUUUUUAUUAUUUUUUUUGGGCAAGACUUUGCCAUGUAUUAAUAUAGAGGCAGGUAUGUACAAAUUAAAUUUUGUGUAAAGCUUCAUUGCCAUGUUGAUUAACAUGUUCCUUUACAUGUGUUUCUUCGUGAUAAAGUUUAGAGUACAGCUAUA